AUGGGCGUGCUGGGCACAAGGAAGGUGCCUCCCUUUCUGCCGCCAGACAAGGCAAGCGAGACGACAGAGACGCUGCUGUCGUCCCGUCCCAUCUCACCUCCCAGCGCUUCUCCUAGCUCGAGACGACGCAGCUUGGACGUCACUUCCGGUCUGUCUCCGCCGAGCAGCAGCUCCCAUCUCCCUCGCAGGCACAGCAGAUCAUCGGGUCAUACUACGUCCCACCACUCGAGCUCGAGCGGAACGCAGCAUCGUAGUACGAGCAAUGCCGUCAGAAAGUCAGGCUCGCCUGAGCGGUCACAUGCCGCGGUGCUGCCAGUGCCUUCGCUAGCAGAUAAGCCCAAGCAACGGGGAUCAAGUGGAAGCUCUGGCACGGGCACUUCUGCCAGUGCCAUUGCAAGCCCGAGUGCGACAGGCGUGCGACAGCCCGGCCUCGUUAACUUGGGCAACUCUUGCUUUCUCAAUUGCACGAUACAGUCCCUGAGCGCGACCGACCCGCUCGAGCAGAUCCUCGGUCAUGAAGGGCUCACUACGCUCGUCAAGGCUGUCGACUUGGCCGCGACGAGCGAUGCUGUCACGCCAGAAGGCACUGUGCCCGACCGGAUACCGGGAGCUAUCAACUCGCCAUCGCUGUAUUGCCUUGCCGAAUCAGAAACGCAGGCGCAACAGACCCUGCCUCUCACACGUUCGCUGCAUCACUUACUGACACAGAUCUGGUCAGCAAGUACCGCCAGCUCGUCAAGUAGGACAAAGACUAUAUCGCCUAAUAGGCUACUCCGUGAGCUGGCAAAGAAGCGCGACGAAUUCGAUGGCAACGAGCAACAAGACGCACAUGAGCUCCUUCGUGUGCUCUUAGACACCGUCAGGAUGGAAGAGGCCGAUCUGAUAAAGCAGCUGAGACCACCGCCUGCAGCCCUCAAGCGGUCACGCAGAAGGCGUGGCACAGUGCACGCGAACGCUGGCCCGCCAGUCAUCUCUUCUGAAUACGUUGCAAAUGCGAGUGGCAGCGAAGCAGACUCUGAAGCUUCCUCAUCCGACAGCGACAGCGAGUCGCCCUCGACCGCGGCUAUCUUACCCCCACCGCAAGCACUCUCGGCUUAUCCUUACUACAGCUUCAUAGAUAGACUUUUCUGCGGCAGAUGGGCUAGCACGAUUGUGUGCGAAGUUUGCCUACAUGCCUCUACCAUUCACGAGGACUUUCUCGAUAUCUCUGUUCCUAUGAAGACAGAGGCUGACGCUCGCUUGCGACGGAGGGACAGAAUAAGACAGCUGCUCGGACGGUCGGCAAAUUCAGGCAGCGAGAAGGACAAAUCACCUGCUAUCACGUAUUCUGAGACCGAGGCGUCGGGCGGCGAGGACACGCUCCUGAGUCAGCCGGACGAGGACGCGCGCGUCCGUCGACGGAAGAGCUUGGACCCAGCUAUGCUCAAUUCGAAACGACAUACUUGGCUGAAGCCUUCGUCCGCUAAUUCAGCCAGUCGAGAGCCCUCACCUUCGCGCACGGAACAUCAGCACCAUGAAAAGCACAGAUCACGCAAGGCUGCGCCCAUCCCCCGGCCAACACGGGAGCAGAGCGCAUACGUCAAGGAACUGCUGCGAGAUCUGCCUAAGACGGCGAUACUACCCUUACAUGGACUCAGAAUCGCUCAGCCUAAUGGUCCUGCCGAAGUGAGAGCAGCCUCGUCUUCAAAUCCAGGCAUACAUCCAGGUCCCAAGCUCAGUCAUAUCGCGAAGGAGCAGAUGCAUACAGGCCUGUACGAAGCUCUUCGUCAGUUCACGAGCGUCGAAGUAUUAGAAGGCGACAACGCCUUCCAGUGCCGACGCUGCUGGAAAUAUCUGCAUGGCCAGGCUAUGACGACGCGUGUACCACAAACGCCCAAAGCUGUCGAACGCUAUGCGCCGCAGCCAGGGAUGCAAGAAGCGAAGUCAGGUAUGAUCAACGUGUCAGAUUCUCGCAGAUCAUCGGUGGCGUCCACCGGUUUGUACGCGCCUGUCAAUGAGUCUACGCACUCGCUGUCUGAUGGCGAGGUUUCCGGCGCAGAGGGUGAUGUGGAGGAUGCGGCGUCGGCGCCAGUCUCGGAAGUCUCGAGCCCAUCGUUCGGUCCUACACGUAUGCUCACCAAAGCAAGUAGCUCGUCUUUAACCGAUUCGGACCGGAGGGCGCUCGCGAGUGCGACAGCGAUCAGCUUCGCACCGGAGAAAGCGCUUACAACGCCUCGUCCAGAACGUUUCGUUCUUCGCCGCGCAUGGAAGCGCUAUUUGAUCGCUACCUUGCCGCUAGUGCUCUGUCUUCACGUCAAGCGCUUCAGACAGAGUGGCAAGUCAAGUGUGUUUGGCUCUGCCUUUUCGAACCUCAAAAAGGUCGACGACAUGAUCACGUUUCCCGAGUAUCUCGAUAUGAGCGUCUUUAUGUUUCCAAAGCAGACAGUCAGCGACGACAAGCAGAUUUACAGGCUCUACGCAGUCAUAGAGCACAUCGGCACGCUUGGAGGUGGCCAUUAUGUUGCGCAUGUCUGCCGCGCUGAUGGCGAGAAGAGACGAUGGUUUCACUGCUCAGACGAGGACGUGCGCCCGACAGACAUCUCAAAGUUAAAUGCCCACGAUCACUUCGGCAGCGGUCAUUGCCAAAGCCUCGCGUCGGGCCCGCAAGUUCAUCAAAGACAGCUCCUCGCGAAAUCGCGGUCGUGUAUCUGGAUGCAUCAGGACAUGACCUGCGAGUCGCACGCAUUGCUGUCAGCCACUUUGACAGUGAAUCGAAUAAGCAGGGAGGAACCCUCGUGUCAGCCCAGCGACCGUCGAGCUCGGACCUCGCUACUUCCUGUCAUUAGAUCUGCGCGAUCCGAGAUCUCCUCUUCACGACUACUUCGUCGGCUUGCUCUAUGCGCCGCGAGCUUGACACACGGCGCUAUGUCCCUCAUCACUACAUACUCGCCUUCAAGCAUCGCAUUCACCCCGAGCGCGAGCAACAUCUGCGAUUAUAUCUUUUCCUCGCCCUUCACAAGUGCGCCUGUCAGUAGUCAGCAUGUGGCCAUGAAGGAUGCGAUCUCCGGCGAGGCUCUCACAAGAGGCGAAUUGCGUCGACGCGCUCAGGUGUUUGCAUUCAACCUUGCUCAGUCUGUUGAUGCUACUCGCGGCGAAGAGAUUCUUGUCCUCGUUCACAGCCCAAACAGCUCUGAGUAUGCCAUCGUACAGCUCGCCUGCUGGUCGCUUGGCUUCACGCUUACAGCUGCACCUGCGCAAAGCACAGUACUCGAGCUUGCGGAAAUGCUUCAUCGUUGUACGCCGACCAUCAUCUUUUCGACCGAGUCUCAGCUGGUUCAAGAUGCGGUCGACAUAUGGCGCUUCAAGCAUCGCAAACACUUGCCGAGUCAGCAGAUUCGGCUGCAGGGUCUUUACGUGGCAGGCAUGCCCACGGCGCUGGGCGUGAAAUCUUGGGACAGCCUGCACGACCCUCCGCAAGGCGGCUACAAAGCGCCUGCGCGCAAAGCUUAUGGACCGGCUUGCAUUCUGUGGUCGAGCGGAACGAGUGGGCGUUCAAAGCAGAUCGUCCAUACGCAUCAGAGCAUCAUUGCGGCUAUCAAAGCGUCAUGCCAGCGCGCGUCUCGCAGUCCAAACCAGUCUUGGCUUGCUCUAGCGCCCUUUUCGCAUGCAUUUGGGAUGGUCAGCUGUGAGCUUGUCGCUCUGACCCUGGGUAUUACGCUCGUGCUGCCCGGACCUUUUGCGCCUCAGCAGCUUCUUGACGUCAUCAGGUCGCAUCGCAUAAAGACUCUACACGUCGCGCCCGUCAUCGUUGCCAUGCUCGCAAACUCUUCUUGGAUAAAGCCGAGCGAUCUUGCUUACACCAAGCGUAUCUGCUCUGGCGGCGCGCCGCUUUCGGCCCACCUUGCUCGCAAGAUGUGGGACAAGUACAGAAUCAUCGUCGAUCUCGACUAUGGAUCCUCGGAAACUUUGCCUGUGGCAGGCAAUGUGAGUUCACGAUGGUCUGAAGCCGAAGCCAGUCUCGGCAGCGUCGGCAAGCCUGUCCCGGACUGCGAGGUCAUCAUCGAUGACGACGAGAUGACAGGCCAAGGCGAGAUAUUGGUCAAAUCCCUCAGCGUCAUGAAUGGCUAUCGCGGCACGGACACGGUCGAGCCGUUCACCCACGAUGGCUACUUUCGCACUGGCGAUCUUGGUCGCUUCGACGAGCAUGGCAAUCUUUACAUCAUUUCCAGACUCAAGGACAUGAUCAAGGUCCGCUCAUUCCAGGUGUCGCCCACCGAGCUCGAAGAGAUAGCGAUGAGCGUGCAAGGCGUGGCAGAAGUUGCGGUAGCGGGCAUAUGGGUGGACUCUCUCUCUACACAGCUCCCACGCGCUUUCAUCGUACCCGCCGAGUCGGUGUCGAUCGAGGAGCACCGGUCGCUUGCGCUGGCUGUCAUCCAGACACUUGGCACCAGAGUAGCGCGGUACAAGCAGCUUGAUGCCGGCGUAGUGCUCUGUGAUGCGUUGCCUCGCAAUCAUAACGGCAAGAUCAUGAAGCAGGAUCUUGCGAGGCAUUUCGCGAGCAACGAGGUGAUCACGACGCCAGAGCAAGCCAAUCGUCUUCUGCGUCAAGGUGCAAAGCUCUGA